UAACAUAAAAUGGAUUCCGACAAACAAAAAUUUGCUAUGUUAUACGGUAGUUAAUCAGAAAACACACGUCGUCUUUAAUCGUUUGUUCCGUUUGUCAGUAAAAUCAUGAUAUUGUUAGAAACAAAUAACCGCGUUGUAGAAGAAUCAAUCAGUGUGAGAAUUAAAAAUGCUUUGGCAGGAAAUAAGCCGGAAAACACAAAUAUAUUCAUAUCGGAUUAUGCUGGUGUAUUAUUUCACAUUUCAAAUUUAGAAGGCCAAAAAAAUCAGCUUAGAGUAAGCAUAGCUUUAAAAUUCUAUGCUGAACUACAACAACACGGAGCAACAGAGCUAUUAAACCGUGUGUACGGGUCAUACGUCACAGAACCAGAAUCGGGUUUUAAUUUUUCUUUGCUAGUUGACCUAGAAAAAAUUCCAGAUGACUGGGAAGCGUUAGUGAAAAAAAUUGGUCAAUUUAAACGUAAUUGUUUUGCUUCAGUAUUUGAAAAGUAUUUUGACUUUCAAGAAAAAGGAGAAGAAGGCCAUAAAAGAGCUGUGAUUAAUUACCGAGAAGAUGAGACUAUGUAUGUGGAAGCAAAAGCAGAUCGUGUAACUGUUGUAUUCAGUACAGUAUUCAGAGAUAGUGAUGACAUAGUUUUAGGUAAAGUCUUUAUGCAAGAAUUGAGAGAAGGCAGACGAGCUAGUCAAACUUCACCUCAAGUAUUAUUUACACACAAAGAACCACCGCUUGAACUUCAAGAUACUAAUGCUCGUGUUGGUGAUGAAGUAGGAUAUAUAACAUUUGUGUUGUUUCCGAGACACACUAAUCGUGCAGCUCGUGAAAAUACUAUUAAUUUGAUUCAUAUGUUCCGUGACUAUCUACAUUACCACAUUAAGUGUACGAAGGCAUACAUACAUUCUUGUAUGCGAGCAAAAACAACUGACUUCAUUAAAGUGCUCAACAGAGCUAGACCAGAAUCUAAAAAAUCUAACGAAAAGAAAACUAUUAGUGGCAGAUCAUUCAUUCGAAAGGACUGAAAAAAAUAUUUUACCUUUUCAAAUAUUGUAUAAUUAAUAAUAAAUAAUGAAAACAUUGAAUUUAUCUUAAA